CCGCUUCUUCCGUCACAGGCUGUCCCCCGCUCCAUCACCGAGGCGAGCGUAGAUCGGCGGUGGCGGCGGCGCGAGGAGGAGAGAGAGGGGAGGCGAGCAAGAUGAGCGGGAACGCCGUGGUGAAGAAGGUGGCGGACGCCGCGGCGAAGGCUGGCAAGGCGAUCGACUGGGACGGCCUGGCGAAGAUGCUCGUCUCCGAGGAGGCCCGCAAGGAGUUCGCCACCCUCCGCCGCACCUUCGAGGACGUCAACCACCAGCUCCAGACCAAGUUCUCUCAGGAACCCCAGCCAAUUGACUGGGAGUACUACAGAAAAGGAAUCGGAUCAAAAGUUGUCGAUAUGUACAAGGAGGCGUACGAAAGCAUAGAGAUCCCCAAGUAUGUUGACACUGUCACUCCACAGUACAAGCCAAAGUUUGAUGCUCUGUUGGUCGAAAUGAAGGAAGCGGAAAAGGCAUCACUAAAGGAAUCAGAGAGGAUAGAGAAAGAGAUUGCUGAAAUGAAGGAGAUGAAGAAAAAGAUCAGCACGAUGACAGCUGACGAGUACUUUGCGAAGCACCCUGAACUCAAACAGAAGUUUGACGACGAGAUCCGCAACGAUUACUGGGGAUACUAAGGCACAUCUAAUCUUCAGCUUCACCCUUCUUUGGAACAUCCAAUAAUACAUCUUUUUCACCUAAAUGCUUAUGGAAGCUGACCAUCCAAACUUGAAUCGCAUAGCGCAUGGAUGGGGCGUGCCAGAGUUCCAACUAACUUGGCUGUUCUUGUACCAUGGUCAAACCUUGUCAUUUUGAGGGUCAUCAGCUUCUAUCAUAUGAAAAUUUUGUUUUUGUUCCUGAGUUCCUCCAACGGAUAGGAAUUUUUUUGGUUCCUCGGUGUACUCAUCCUUCUUGGCCAAGCACCAAGACUGGUCUCUCCCAUCUUAUACUGGAAUUUACUUUAUUA